UGUAAAUUAAGUUAUCUCCCUUAGAUGAACAGAAAAAAAAACAUAAACAUAUCGAAUAUCCUUCUUUAAAUAUAUUACACCAUGUCUGAUAGUGAAGAUGAUGAUAUCCCUGACCUUGUACCAGCAGAGAACAACAGAGUACCUAUUACAAUUAUUACUGGCUUUCUAGGAUCAGGGAAAACAACUUUAUUGAACUAUGUCCUUACUGAGCAGCAUGGGAAAAAGAUAGCAGUUAUAAUGAAUGAAUUUGGUGAAGGCGAUUCUAUAGAAAAGUCCAUGUCUAUUGGACAGGAAGGAGAGCUGUUCGAGGAAUGGUUAGAACUUAGAAAUGGAUGUCUUUGCUGUUCUGUUAAAGACAAUGGAGUCAAAGCUAUAGAAAAUUUAAUGACAAAGAAAGGAAAAUUUGAUUAUGUUUUAUUAGAAACAACAGGCCUUGCUGAUCCAGGUCCUAUAGCUUCUAUAUUUUGGUUAGACGAAGAGUUAUGCAGUGAUUUAUUUCUAGAUGGUAUUAUUACAGUUGUUGAUGCUAAAUAUUGUGAACAGUAUCUAAAUCAAAAGAAGAUGGAUAACACUAUUAAUGAGGCAACUAGACAGAUUGCAAUGUCCGAUGUGAUAAUAAUUAACAAAAUAGAUUUGGUUACAGAAGAAGAAUUGCAUCAGCUUAAAUCUAGAAUCAGAAAUAUAAAUAGUUAUGCAACCUUUUUAGAAACAGCACAGUCAAAAACUGAUUUAAAUAAUAUACUAGAUCUGAAUGCUUAUGAUGGAAAAGGUAAACAUAGUUUGGAAGAUUUAUUCAAAACAAGAGGAUAUUCAACAGACAAUUUACAUAAAAUUGAUGAGGAUGUGGGUACACUAACUAUAGAAUGCAAAGGUUGUAUGAAUAAGCAGUUGUUUGACAAAGCUAUACAGAAUAUACUGUGGGACAAAAAUACUAAAAAUUCAAAUGGACAUGUGAUGGAAAUUCUCAGGUUGAAAGGUUUGUUAUCUACUUCAGAAGAUAGACGUUUAGUAAUACAAGGAGUACAAGAACUAUAUGAUUCAUUUUAUACAACAUCAUGGGAAAAACCAGAAGACAGAAUUAAUAGAAUUGUUUUUAUAGGGAAGAAUUUAGAAAGACAGAUUUUAGAGAACAUUAUAUUUAAAUGUGUGACAGACUGUCCAGUUAGCUGACAGGUAUAUGCUCAGGAAUGAUGGGAUUAACUGAAAACAUUUUCAUAGAAAAAGGACUUAUGAUUAGUUCUAGACAGAGUUUUUUAUUGGUAUUAUUAGAAAUCUUUGAAAAAAAGUAGACAGGAAAUACAAAUUUUGGAAACAAUCUAUACCACCUUUUAUACCUUUUGAACUAAUAUUUCUCUUCUAUUCAUAUGAGAACAUCUUUUGAUAAAUUUUGUUUUGAUUUUGUAUGUAAGUUUUUAAGUCCUUAUCGAUUAAAUAUGGACCUAU